AUGUUCAAUUCUUUCCGACGUGCAGGAUCUCGCUUUGGCACGAGGAGUCUAGCUACGAAACCUUCGGAAUAUGGACAACCUACGACUAUAUCACAUCCUCACCUAGUUCAACGGAAUGACCUCACGCCCGGAAUCCCUAUCUCGGAGUACGAGCAACGACGCCGGAAACUCAUGGACCUUCUGCCUGAUGGAAGUGUUGCGGUAGCAGUGUCCGCUCCCAUAAAAUAUAUGUCUGCAAAUAUUUUUUAUAAGUACAGGCAAGCCUCCGACUUUUGGUAUCUGACUGGGUUCGAGGAGCCGGACUCUGCGGUCGUUCUCGAGAAAAAUUCAUCCCAGAAGGGAUAUAAAAUGACGCUCUUUUCGUCUGGUAGAGAUCUCGCGAAAGAAAAGUGGGAUGGUGCCAGAACGAGUCUGGCUCUGUCCAAAGAUUUGUUUCAUGCCGACGACACGAUGUUGAUCGACAAGUUCAGCUCGUAUCUCAAGUCUCUGCUUCCGAAAUCUUCGCAUGUCUAUGUGGACCUUCCUAACGUGACACACAAUACCUCGCGCAAGAAGUCGAAAUCCUUGCUCAGAUACCUCACUGGAACCCCCGCAACAGAACAUGAAGAUAUUUUUGAAAGUCUGUCUGGCUCUUCGCGACGGCCGCUUGCAGCACAAUUGGGAAAGUUGCGCGCCAUCAAGAGCAAGGCAGAACAGCAGAUUAUGCGGGCAGCGGCAGAUAUUAGUGGGCGGGCGCAUGCUAAGACUAUGAGGUUUGCUGAGCCUGGAAAGUCAGAGGGUGCAUUGGCAGCCCAUUUCGAAUAUAUGUGCGCUCUCGCAGGGUCUCAGCGACCUGCAUAUGUGCCUGUUGUUGCUUCUGGACCUAAUGCUCUUAUUUUACACUAUACCGCUAAUAACCAGAUAAUCACCGAGGAUGAACUCGUGCUUAUUGACGCUGGAUGUGAAUACAACGGAUAUGCAUCGGACAUCACUCGCACGUUCCCGGCCUGUGGUACAUUCUCUGCCCCUCAGCGCGACCUGUACAGCGCAGUACUCUCGGCACAGAAACAGUUGAUUGGGUUGUGUUCGGCACAGCACGGAUAUUCUUUACAGGAACUUCAUAGGAAAUCAUGUACUCUCUUGAAGUCGGAGCUUAAUCAAAUUGGGUUCAAUCUUGGGAAUGAGGGUGACCUGGAGAGGGUGCUUUACCCCCAUUAUUUGAGUCAUCCUAUUGGAAUAGAUUUGCACGAGUCCUCGCAUAUGGAUAGAUCAGCGCCUCUACAAGAUGGGAUGGUUAUAACCAUUGAACCUGGAAUCUAUGUUCCACCGACUGCCAAUUUCCCCAAACACUUCCAUAAUAUGGGUAUACGCAUUGAGGACGAGGUUCUGGUGGGAGCUAAAAACGCGACAAUACUUUCUGUUUCGGCGCCUAAAGAGAUUGCGGAUAUUGAAGGUGCCUGUCAAGGGUUACUUGGGCUAGAGCCGUAUUAA